AUGAUAUUGCACGUUGGUACUAAUGACAUUAAAGACGACACCAAGUCAGCAGAGGUAGUUGCAGCGGGAAUAUUAAAUUUAGGUAAUCAAAUUAAGGAUAAUUUACCACGCACUACAGUAUGCAUAUUAAGCAUAACUGUCAGGAAAGACAAAGCCACCAUUCAAAACAAGAUAAAAGCUGUAAAUGAUAUUCUUGGGCGUGUUUGCGGCUUAAAUAAUUGGACUUAUAUAGACAAUAGUAAUAUAGACUAUACUUGCUUGAAUAGACGUGGGCUACACCUAAACAAAAAGGGUAGCAGUAUUAUUAGUAAAAAUUAUAAUAACUAUUUCAAUCAUAUUAAUUGAAACACAGCCCGGCCAGGUGUUGAUAAAUGGGCAUCAUCAAACCCAAAUGUUCCAAACUUUAAAGGUUUCUAAAUGAGUAUGCUAAAUAUAGCCAGUUUACCUAAGCAUAUUAAUGAAAUAAGAAUAUUACUGGCCGAUCAAUGUCUCGAUAUACUUGCUUUGAAUGAGACAAGAUUGGAUGAAAACAUUAGUAACCAGGAUAUGCAUAUAGAUAGCUAUGAUUUAAUUAGGUUUGAUCGUUCUAGAAAAGGGGGAGGCGUCUGUAUAUAUGCUAAAAAUUCUCUUAACUUUUCCGAACGAAAAGACUUGACUAGAGAUAAUCUUGAGGCUGUUUUUAUCGAAAUUCAUAAACCUUCUAGUGCAUCCUUUAUUAAGUUCUUUGAAUGUUUGCAUGGCGAUAAAAUAUAAUUGUUUUUGUUUGUGGAAACACCACGUAAAUUUAUUACUGCAGUAAUAAAUUUACGUGGUGUUUCCACAAACAAAAACAAUUGCAUCCUUUAUUGUUGGAACUAUAUACAGACCUCCAAGUGCUUUGGUUGACUCAUUUGUCGCAAUUGAAAAAUUAGUGCAAUUAAUAGAUGACGAGAAUAAGGAAUUCUAUUUACUUGGCGAUUUAAAUGCCAACAUGCUUGACAUUUCGAAUAAUGCCACAAAAGAACUAGUUUCAAUAAUGGAACAAUAUCAAUUAACUCAAACAAUUAGUGCACCCACUCGUGAGACCACGACUUCAUCCUCUUUGUUAGAUGUUUGUCUCACUUCUACUCCAGAAAAGUUAAUUACAUCUAGGGUAGUGCCGAUUACAAUUAGUGACCAUUAUAUGAUCGUCAUUGUUCGUAAAAUAAAUACUUACUGUAAACAAAAACGCCACAAGAAAGUUGAAUUUCGAAAUUUAAAAAAUUUUAAUGUCGAUAAUUUCCAAGCCGACCUGUAUAGUCAGGAUUGGGAAUUAUUAGAUAACCAAGCAUGCGUUGAUAAGAUGUGGGAUAUAUGGAAAACACUCUUUAUGACAGUGCUCGACAAACAUGCUCCAAAUAAGGAGAAAAGAGUGAAAGAUAAACCCAGUGUCCCUUGGCUAACCACUACAAUUAAAAAACAAAUUAGAGAACGAGAUCGUCUAAAACUUCUUGCAAUAAAAUACAAAUCGGAAAAUUACUGGGAUGCUUAUAAAUCGUCUAGAAAUCGCAUAACAGAUGCUUUGCGAGAAGCCAAAACAGCUUAUUAUAAAGUACAAUUUGAUAAAGUAAAACAUGAUCCAAAACAAGCUUGGAAAACUGUUAAUAAAAUCCUAAAUCGAAAGCAAAAAUGUCCAGAUAUAAACUCUGUCAAAACUCAGAAUGGAGAGAUUACCGAUCCAAAUGAGUUAGCGGAAAGCUUCAAUGAUUAUUUUACUAAUAUUGGCCCAGAUAUUGCAAAAACGAUCGAUAAAGGUAACAGAAAUUUCACGGAUUACAUAACUAGAGUAACUAGUAAUUUUAAGUUCCAAGCUGUAUCUGAAUCGAAAGUUCAUAGACUUCUUUUGUCUCUAAAUCCCGGUAAAUCUACCGGUAUUGACAAAAUUCCAGCUAAAAUUAUUCGUAUUGCUUCCCCAGUAAUUGCAAAUUCCUUGGCAAAAAUUUUUAAUAGGGCAAUCACCAGUGAAUCCGUUCCAUCUGAAUGGAAAGCAGCGAGAGUUACACCUUUACAUAAAAAAGGCCCUCGAAACCUGUUAAAUAAUUAUCGCCCUAUAUCCAUUCUUCCUGUCGUAAGUAAAGUUUUCGAAAAAGUAUUAUACGAACAGUUACACGAUUAUCUUGUUACAAAUAACUUACUAUCCCAACAUCAAUUCGGUUUUAGACGUAGUCACUCAACAGCAUCCGCCCUUUUAGAUAGCACAAAUGAAUGGUUUGUUAAUAUGGAUCGUGGCUUUUUUAAUAUUGCAGUCUUUCUCGACUUGCAAAAGGCAUUCGACACUAUUAACCACGUUGUAUUAUUGAAAAAACUUGAUUUUUAUGGUUUAGAAACAUCAGCUUUAAACCUCCUAAAAUCGUAUCUAGCAAACAGAACUCAAAUGUGCUCUGUUAAUGGCACACUUUCUCGUAAAAAAUUAAUUACAUGUGGAGUCCCUCAAGGCUCAAUUCUUGGGCCGCUCCUAUUUUUGGUUUAUAUUAAUGAUUUGCCAAACAGUUUGGAGUAUUCGUCAACAAGAAUGUUUGCCGAUGAUACGACAUUAACUGUAUCUGGUAAAUCAGUUGCUGAUGUAGAAAUGGCCAUUAAUUAUGAUCUUGCUAACGUAAAGCGGUGGCUAUCUGCAAACAAACUAUCCCUAAAUCUUGUUAAAACUGAAUACCUACUAAUUGGAUCUCGGCAUAACGUCAACAAUCUAGCCCUUGUUCCAAAUGUGUUCGUUGGCGAUGUACAAAUUAAAAGAGUGAGAGAAACAAAAGCACUUGGAGUAUGUAUUGAUGAAUUUUUGUCAUGGAAUAAGCAUAUUGACAAAAUUGCUAAGAAGGUUUCAUCCGGAAUUAAUAUUUUUUAUUAA